AUGUCCAAGACUUUCACCCCCGCCGAGGUCGCCGCCCACAACAGCGCCGACAAGGGCAUGUACAUUAUCGUCGACUCGUCCGUCUACGACGUCACCAAGUUCGUGGAUGAGCACCCCGGCGGCGCGAAGAUCCUGAAGCGCGUUGCUGGUAAGGAUGCCUCUAAGCAGUUCUGGAAGUACCACAACGAGUCCGUUCUGAAGAAGUACUCGCCCAAGCUGAAGAUCGGCGAUGUCAAGGAUGCUGCGAAGCUGUGA